CGAUGGAAACGUAGUCUAUGAUCGUGGCGUCUCAAGUAUGCAUGUGUAUUAUGCAGCGAGCAUCUGUCACAAGAUUGGCCGUGUAGAUGUUGUAUCUUGUAUUGUGUCAAUAGAACUUUUUAUGGAAAGCAUUUAAAAGUGUAAAAGAAGAAUGAAGGCAAAGCGCAGUAAAUCCUUGUCACCGGAACCAUCGAGUAGCAAUGAGUGGAAGCGGCCUAAGAUUGAUGAGUCAUGUGAGAAGAAUGGAAAAGAGAUUUAUCCUAAUUUGCUGGACCUCUCUGAUGACGUUUUGCUCAACAUAAUGAAAUUCCUUCAUCCACAAGAUUUAAUGGCUCUGAGUUUGUGCUGCCAAAGAUUGAACCAAGUUUCUCGAGAUAGAACCUUGUGGAGGAAAGUGGACUUUCGAGUGAUGCCGAUGAUGGUGGAGGAUCUUGAAAAAUAUGUGCAUUUCCUGCAACCCCUGACGACCAGUCUGGCGAUGCGAGGAAGUCGCCCACUGGAGAAACACGGAACUCUUAGUAAAUUAUUCUUAAAAGUAAUAGCUAAAGUUUGCAGUCAGCUGAAGGAAUUGAUCGUCGAGGACUACUACAUUGAUGCGAACAAGAUACAAAUAAUUGAUUUCCCCGAAACUGUCGAGAAAUUAUCAUUGAAGGGAUGCAAGUUGUGUCACAUACAAAUAGAUAGAUCGUACUUCUUCACAAUGGAUCUUCACAUGCGUAGUUUGACUUGCUUAAUAUUGAGUAAUUGCCAAUGGUUUAUGCCUCAUUCAUUAUUGGUCAUUAGUAAAAUUCGGAACCUGAAGGAGCUUCGACUGGACUCUUGCCAUAGUUUAGGCGAAUGUGUAGCCUACACUAGCCUCGCAACGAGAUUUGGCUUCAAGACGCUAGAGAUAUUAGAUCUAAGGGACACAGCAUUGGGAGACAGUGAAAUAUGUUGUUUUAGUAGUACAAAGACAUUGACGCAUCUCUAUCUGGAGUGCCCAGCUGUGUUGGUGAAUACAGAGUCGAACAAUCAUUUGGAACAGCAGCAACUUUUGGACAGGCCAGGAAGACGACGAGCCUUUGAAGACCAAAAUCUUGUUCAGAUUAUUAUCGAGCACGGUUUCGAAAACAAUUCCGAAAGAUGUCUAAUAUCGGAUAGAGCUAUCUGCGCUCUUGGGAGUUACGCGUGUGAUAGAAGAGUGGUGGAUAAUUCCGUGCCGGGUGGUAUCCUCGUGGAAGAGGAUCGACGCAUUUUUAAUAAUCCCAAUCUCAAAACACUGGUAGUAAGGAACUAUCCGCUAGUAACAAACCAAAGUCUCGUUCACUUAGCUUUGAACGCGUCUAACCUCGAAUUUCUAGACGUGACGGGGACGGCAGUCACGAAAGCGGGCGUGCAGACGUUUAAAGGAAAGAGACCUAACGUGAAGUUAAUCUCCUCUUUUGACGAGACAUAAUCGACAACCGACACUCUCGAUUAUGAUAAGGCGUACGAAGGUAAAAGUACGUGAAAUUGCGGGAAGCGAGGAAGCUCGCGCUGAACGUGUCAUUUAGUAUUCACAGAGCUGGAAACUCUUAAAUCAUGUACAUAUUGGAAAUGAAUCACAGUGUUGGAAUAACAUGGUAGUGACGAGGGAUCAUGUUUUUUUUUUCUCAGGACACGUUCAUAUUUUGUUUCGUACUGGUGUUUUGUUUUUCUUUCUCUUCUCGAUAGUGUACACUAAGUCUAUUCGUUAACGCGCAAACACGAGUGUGUUUCUAAAUGGACCCAACGAGUUGUAUUCUCGAUAGCCUAGUGUUUGUUGAGAUACUUUUCUAACGAAGGAUCAUCGGAAUGCUAACGAUUGAACAACCGUAAUGUAUGUUUGCUAGACUUUUUUUAUUCAGAAUUAACAAGGGAGACAGCACCUUCCAAAGGAGCGUCGUAAAUCAAUUUGUUACGUCUUUUCUGAAAUAUCCAUGACAUCUCGUAUUCAUAGUAAUUGUGGGAUCACAUGUUUUUCUACGGACACCUUUUGUGUACGCCACAUUCGGCUGGAUAUUGAAAAUGUGAAAAUAGUCCUUGAAUUCGCAUAUCUGCAUUUGUGUCGAUACUGUUCCAGGGGAAGUCAUUAGAUUUACGUGUAAUUGUCACGCUGGGAUGUAUUGUAAAAAAUUUGGUUGUGGUAAUCGUACAAUUGCGGUCUUUUAUUCCUUGCGCGCGAGUGCUCACGUGUGUAUAUACAUAUGCAUUGACCUUUAUUAGUCGCAUUGUAGUCAUUGGUACCAUACCUGUAAGUUACACGUAACAAAAUAAACGGUGAUUGCAAGAUUA